GCUGUGGAGGAAAGGAAUUUAGUAACCACCAUAUAAAAGGGGUAGACGAUAUAAACAAAUAAAAAGACACAAACGAAUUUUAUCGAGAUAACCUGCUUAGAUUACACAGUGGCAGCCAUGUUGCAAUUGGUAGUUUUCGUCAUGGUGGGAGUGUUACUGCAUUUCUCAACACAACAAAUAGUGCCUCCAGGUACAGCAGGUUGCGUGACGACAGACUGCAAGAACGGAGAGUGUAUCAAAAACGACCCACGGUACCCAGAAGGCUACUGUCAGUGCAACUGGGGCUACAAGCUGUCCACACUAGAUAAAAGCGUGUGCGUAGAUCGUGACGAGUGUGCUUUGGCGGACCGACUGGUGUGUGGGGGAGGACUCUGCAGGAACACAAUGGGGGGAUUCUACUGCGACUGUUUCCGUGGUUACACUCCUACUAUGUACAGAACGUACUGCCAGUCAAGGUAUCCCCGCGCUCAAUCCUCUAUGGGACAGACGAUGAUGAACAUGGCAUUUCUGAGGAGACUUCUAGACAUGUAACUCGGACAUGAAUAUCGCGAUUGGACAAUUCUACUUCAUUACAUGACGACUACCAAGAUGGCGGAUACGCUGUGUGGACUGGCACAUUCCAACCAUAGUUCAUAAACUAAAUAUAAACGAUAUUUAACAUUAAUUAUGUUUGUUUAAUGUAUUAGAAUUAAAUAUAGGUUCAUUCAAAA